UGCAGGACUGACGUUGCGUUGUCACAGAAAGACGGUACAGGUUGCAAUCGAACAUUCGUUGAGGGCCUACAGCUUUACCAACCUGUAAGGGAUUUCCUCUGUUCUUCUGGGUUGAGACCUGCAAGGGGGCUGACUGGGAUCCCCUCCCCCUACCAGCCUGGUGUGCCCCCAGCCCACAGCGUGAGGAAGUCUAGAAGCCAGAGGUCUCCGCCAUCCUGGCCAUGAACCUGGAGCCACCCAAGGCCGAGAUCCGGUCGGCCACCAGGGUGAUUGGGGGGCCUGUCACUCCCAGGAAAGGGCCCCCCAAAUUUAAGCAGCGGCAAACCAGGCAGUUCAAGAGCAAACCCCCCAAGAAAGGCGUCCAAGGGUUUGGGGAUGACAUCCCUGGAAUGGAAGGCCUGGGAACAGAUAUUACGGUCAUCUGCCCGUGGGAGGCCUUCAACCACCUGGAGCUGCACGAACUGGCCCAGUACGGCAUCAUCUAGUGCGAGAGCCUGACCCGGAGUCCCAGGGCCCUACCCCCCGCUGCCCGCUCCGACCCCUGGUCAGGAUUCCUGUGAGGAAGCCCAUCCCCCCGAGAGUGUCUGGAUUGUCCAGUUUGUGUUUGGAGACCCUUGCAACGUGACAACCUUGGGACCCUAGAUACUAGUUACCAGAAGCCCCCCGUCUCCCUGCAGGACAUCUCGGGCCCGGUCAGGCCCUGCUUAACUUCCAGAGGCCCGCAGAUCUUCUUUUAGGGCUGGAAAGCCAGGGCAGGGCUCCCAGAAAUGUCCCUCACCCCCUGCUCCCGUCCUGCUAUCUGGUGGUGAGGACAAGCCCCCCUCGCCAGUCCUUCCCAGCUGGUGCCCUUGGGUUGGUGGCGGGGGAGGGGCGGGGGGCGGUGUCCCGGUGGCAUCAGCAAGAGCGCGGCACCCCUCCAAACCCAUCACGCCAGCAGGAAACCUGACCUCCCCGCCACGGCCCAUGCUUGCUGUCGUGUUGCAAAAUAAAGUCAGCAUGCCUCCCCUCGCUCGUCUAGAAUGUGCCGUGGUAUGGGCAGGGCCCAAAGGUGUGGGUCUCCAGCCGGAGUGCACGGGUACAGGUGCAGGGUGUCGGGGGCCGCAGGGGCCUGGCCGGGCUGAGGGGGAGGGACGCCCACGAGGCGCUGAGCCUGGGCCUGUGGUGGCUGGGGGUACGCCCGGCGAGGCCAG